UUUUUAAAAAAAAAAAAAAGAACGAAGCUCUAUUUUUUUCCUGUUUCUUUCUUUUACUUUCUAUACAAUAGUAGCAAAAAAGAAGAAAAAAUAAUUCUUACAACUCAUCAUGUCUAACACUCGUAGAUCAUUUUCGUCUGGUCCUGUAAUUGGAACUAUGGCUCAAAUUGAAGCUGUCGAAGAGUUAAGAAACCGCUUUAAAUUAACUACUGAAGAAUUAAUGCAAUUCCGUGAUGCUUUACGUCAAGAAGUUGAAACUGGCUUAAAAUCAAAUGAUUCGCAUAUGGAUAUGUUACCUUCUUGGGUAUAUAAGCAUCCUACAGGUCAAGAAACAGGUGAAUAUCUUGGUUUAGAAUUAAAUGGCUCCAACAUUCGUAUCUAUCUCGUAAAUUUGCAUGGUCAGGGACGUAUUAGUACAAGACAACAAAAGUAUCCUAUUAUUAAAAGUGUUGAUAACUUUUUGACAUUUGUUGGUAAAUAUGAUCUUAAGGAGCCCUUAGCUCUUGGAUUUGUCUUGUCUUUCCCACUUGAACAACCUGCUUUGAAUAAAGCAAGUGUAAUUCAAUGGACAAAAGAUUUUGAAAUUACAGGUGCCGAUAAUAAAAAUAUUGCUGAACUUUUGCAAAUUGGUUUAAAACGUUGUCAUCUUAAUAUUCAGGUUGAAGCUGUGAUUAAUGGUGCGGUUGGAUGUCUUUUGGCUCAUAGUUAUCGUAGUUUAGAUACCCUUAUUGCUUGUACAAUCAGUACAGGUACAAAUGCAGCUUAUUGGGAGAAGCUGGAGGCUAUUGAAAAGAUUGAUAAGAAUCAACUACCUUCUGAAAAAGAGGCUGGUGAAAUGAUUAUUAACACAGAAUGGGGAUCCUUUGGUGAUCAAAAUGCAAGUGUUUUACCUCGUACCUUUUAUGAUAACCGUGUUAAUCGUCAAUCUGUUAAUCCUGGUGUUCACCUUUUCGAAAAGAUGGUUUCUGGUCUUUACUUGGGUGAAAUUACUCGUAUUAUCAUGGUUGAUUUCCUUGACCGUCGUUUACUCUUUGAUGGCCAAUAUACAACUGAGUUGAAUACACCUUACUUUUUUGAAGCUUCUUAUAUGAGUGCUAUUGGUUCUGAUGAUUCACCUGAUAUGGAAGAAACAAAGCAUAUUUUAGAGUCUAUUAUGAAUUUGCCUUCCACUACUCUUGCUGAUCGUCAAAUUGUUAGAACUAUUUGUGAACUUGUCUCUCAACGUGCUGCACGUCUUGUUGCUGCUGCUAUAAGUGCUAUCAUUGAUAAAAGAAAUGCACUUGAACAUGGUUUAACUAUCAGUAUGGAAGGUACAGUUUAUGAACAUUUCCCCAACUUCCCUAGACGGGUUAAUGAUGCUUUGAGAAGCUUCUAUGGCGAUAAAGUUGAUCAUAUAAAUGUUGGAAUUACUCGGGAUGGUAAUGGUAUUGGCGCUGCAUUAGCUGCUAUGCUUGCUAUUUCUCAAAAACAAACUGCAUAAACAUCACUUCAUUUCUUCAUCUUUUUAUUUCUAAACAUGAUUUUUAUUCAACAAUCAAUAAAUGUAAUAUAUUUAAUUAAGAUUAUUUUUUUUAACAAUAA